AAGGGAGCCACUGGCCGGCAAAAUGCUGUCGACAGAUGCACGUGCCCGGACAGAAAAUCCCCAGUUUAAUUAAUCACUGUGGAUGUUUAGUCCCCGGAGCUGGAGACCUUCCCUCGACAUCGUCAUCGGAGAGUUUGACAGGAGUGAAAUAUCCCCACUACUGUACUGUACUUGGGGGUUCUCCUCCAAAGCAAGAUGGACUCUCAUUCGGCUCGUCCGUCUUGUCAGAGCUCAGAUGGGCAUCUUUGCCCGAGAUGAGAACGUGUGCGUCGAAGGUCAUCGUCAUUGCAUGACAAAGGCUGUGGCAGAUUCAUCGUCAUCAAUCAUACAGUAUUUCCAUAGCUUUUUCCUCUGUGCGGUAGUACCAUGAAGGGUGGAGGUAGGGGAAAGGAGCCACCUGUUGCAGGGGAGAUCACUGGCAAGCGCCCAAAACGCAAAUGCCUGCAGUGGCACCCACUUCUCUCCAAAAAGGCUCAAGAUUUCUCUGAGGAGGAGGAAGAGGAGGAUGAAGAGGAGCUGGAGAAGCAGCCAGUGGUGUGUAGCAAGGACCAGGAGUCCCAGGUGCAGUGUGGAAGCACAGAAGUGGAGGAGGACUCAAGUGAACAGCGGGCCCGGCGGCCCAUGAAUGCCUUUCUCCUCUUCUGCAAACGCCACCGCUCCCUGGUGCGGCAGGAACACCCCCGUUUGGACAACCGCGGAGCCACGAAGAUCCUGGCUGACUGGUGGGCUGUGCUGGAGCCCAAAGAGAAGCAGAAAUACACUGACAUGGCCAAGGAGUACAAGGAUGCCUUCAUGAAGGCAAACCCGGGCUACAAGUGGUGUCCCACCACCAGCAAACCAGUUAAGAGCCCUUCCUGUCAGCCAGUCAGCACCCCCCGCAAAAAAGUUUGGUCUUUCUCUUCCAACUCAACAAAGGAUUCAUCCACUGCCAAAAAAGUGCCCAAAGCUGACAGUAUGCCACAGUUGAACUUUGCCAUGGCAGAUCCUACCAAGAUGGGAGGCCUCAGCAUGCUGCUGUUAGCUGGAGAACAUGCCCUCACAAACAGAGAGAUCCCUUCCAGCAAUAAAGCAAGUUUACCUGACACAGCCAGCGAAGGGAACUCCCUUCCAGGGGAUGAGGGAGAGAUGCUGUCUGGAACAAUACCGAACAGAGUGCCUGAGCUUACUGGGACCAGGGUGAAGUGUGCCUCAUCCCCUCUGGCAGAGUCAUCUCUCUCUGCGGCACCUGAAGGAAAACCAUGCAGUCAGUCUGCUCUCUUCCAGCUUGCUGAGAUGUGCUUAGCGUCUGAAGCUGGACAGAUGGACAAUGCAGUGUCUCAGCAGCCUGAGGACUGCUCCUCUGCAGCCUCUCUCCAGCAAACCACAGUCAAAUCAGAGAUCAAGGAGGAGACACAAGACAGAGACGACUGUCCCCCUGCCUCUUGCACAUCGGACCCCUCACCUUCGCUCUCCUCCGUCACUUCUACCUCCACUGAUGCCAUUCCACCACAACUCAGCAGCCAAAACACCCGUGUCAAAGCUAAAAGCAAGAAAAGAGAGGGGGCCAAGUCAAAUGACACGGACGAGAUCUCCUGCUCAGCAAAGAAGAUCUUCAAGAAGAGUACCCCGGCAGAGUCCAACGUGGACAGUGUCUUCAGCACGAUCGAGGCAGUGGCCAAAGGGGCCUGGAAGGACACUGAGGAGAAGCCCAAAAAGAAGAUUCAGAGCAGUCCUGGUAGUGGCAACAUUGGUGUGCCCAAAAAGAAGAGUAAGCCCAAAGUCAAGGUCCUGGUCCAAGACAAAGAGGAGGAGAUGGAGGAGGAUAGCGGGCAGGGUGGGCAGCACAGUGCCUCCGAGGUGGAAAUGAAGAACGAAGAAACUGAAGAGACGAGCGAUGGCAGUCCCAAGACCGAGGCAAAGGAGGCAGGCAUGGGAAGCACAGAUACGCAGGGCAUUAUGGCAGAGCCCCAUCUCUCCCCCUGCAGCCCCUCCUCUUCUAAGCUCAAAGAGGAAGACAAGGGGAAAGAGAGGUCAAGUGAAGGGGCCCCCGACUCCAACACAGAGAGCCACGGCUCCAGGAAGUCAGAGCGCAGCUGUAAAGGAGCUCUGUAUAAAACCCUGGUUUCGGAGGGAAUGCUGACCUCACUGAGAGCCAACAUCGACAGAGGUAAAAGAGGUGCUCUGCGUGCAUCUGAUCAUGAUGCCAACUGGAGCGAUGACAGCUGGACAGUUUCUCAGAUAGGAACUAAUAAUCCCAAGAAGCUGAAGAAGUCCAAGUCCAAAGAAGAAUGUUCACAAGGCCUAGGGAAACUGGAGGAGGAGUUUGAAAGGAAGUUUAACAGCCUGCCACAGUACAGCCCCAUGACGUUUGAUAAGAAGGGGACAGCUGUCACAAAGAAGAAGAAGCCCGACGGCUCCCUCACCCAAGAGGAAGUCACUAAAGCCGGAAAAGGGUCAUCUCCAUCUCAGAAAAAGACUUCAUUCCACAAGAUUGUUAGGAAGCAAAAACUCAAAAAGGAGAGACCAUUUGCAGGCGACAAAGUAGUGGUGCAGAGUGACUCCACGCUGGAUUCAGCUUCAAAAGCCAAAUCAUGUACCCCCGUAGCCAUAAUGUGCCCGGAUGUCCAGGGCAGCACAAGUAUGGAGAUGCUAGUCGGUAGCCAGAAGAGGAAGGCCAGGAAGACCAAGAUCACACAUUUGGUGCGCACAGCUGACGGCAGUGUUUCUCCAGUGGAGGAGGAUAAAACUCGGGACCUGAACCAGGAAGAGGAUAAGAAGCCAUUACCCCAACAGAAUUUAUGCAAUGAAAAAGGUACCCACAGUAAUCCGAAAGUCAAGGAGGAGGAAGAUGACGAGGAGGCUGAGAGGAGCACCGCACCACAAGAGCUACCUGCUUUCUUCAGCCUGGCUGCCCUAGCUGAGGUAGCAGCCAUGGAAAACGUUCACAGAGGCCAGAGAGGCUUGGCUGAGAAUCCCAAGAAGGAGCUGGCCCAGACUCCAGUGCUCAUCUCCUGCGCUGAUCAGUGAAACUCUGCUGCUGUCAUGAGAAGCAACGACAUGGACAUUGGCGGUGAAGCUUUGCUAUCUACACUGAAGGGAGACCCGAUCAGGAAGCGUUGGACCGACUCCAUGUUACCUUUGUGGUGAAUUUGCUUGAGCUGGGGUUCAUGAUAGGGGAGAGAAAGCCCCUCUCUUCCUCGCAAUCUGUGUUUCCCCAGAGCGCCUUCCUUUGGUUUGAGUGAGGAUGCCUUUCUUUUUUCCUCUCUCCCCCGCUAGAUGCCCCGUUUGGGCCUGUGGAAGAAACAUGCUGUAUCCCAGUGCAUGGCUUCCUGUGUAGAGAUGGUUGUCAUGGAAUUAUUGUACACAGUUUUGUCAAAUAGAGGCCAUUUUUAAGGUCAAGUCUUGCGAUUUAAGAAAUUAUAGCGUUUUAGGUUUGCAAAAAACACUGCAUUGGUUUUCUAGACAAACCGCUUUCUGUCACCUUUUUACCUCACGCACACGCCUACUGAAGAGCUCCCUCCACCCGGGUAGAAGACCUCUGUAUUUGAAUAGUUCUGAUCCCUUGCAUUCCUUCCAGCUUUGACCCAAAAUGACUUUAGCCAGGGUAAAUGAUCGUGAUGGAUAGCCUUUCAUCAACAACCCCUUGGUGAGUGUGUCUCACCCAAGGGGUUGAGAAUUCAUGGCUGAGUAUUUGAUAUAUAAGUUAUGAUGCUACUGUAAGACAGUUUUGGUAGAUACAAAUAAUCAUGUUAGACUUGAUGUGUCAGAGUAGAUUUGUGCAGACUUAGCAUCUGAGCUUGAGUUUGCCAGAGCUGACCCUUUAGUAGUAGGUUCAGUGUCCUGUCAGGCUAAGGAGACCGUAGGUCGGCUUCAAAACGUCUCUGUGAUGGGAAGUUGUGUGAAAGUGAAUCAAAUAUAGCCUUAACCCGCUCACCCAGACCCCCAUCCAGACAUAGAAGCAGCUUCUUGCUCGACGUCAUCACAGCCCUAAAGUCAGUGUAAACAUUUUAAAUAGUGAAAUGCAGUUUUGUCAAUACUUGAUCUUAUUGCAGUUUGCGUAGCAAUUAGAAAGGUUAAUUCCUUGUGUUAUUUCAUGGAAUAGGUGUUUUUAAUGACAUAAACACUGCACUAACUUGUAGCUGAAGUUUAAGUUGCUCUCUGAAGGGUAAUAGAAUGCCUUGUCUCCACCAGUCAAGUGUUCCUCCACCAUAGUGUCUUCAGGGCCUGUAUGAAGCCAGUCUCAGGCGACGACAUGAAAGCAUGUUUGUCCAUCCAAGUGGAAUAUUUUUGUCAUGAAUUAUGUCUCAUCAAAUGAGCAAUUCAAAAUAUAGAAUAAAAAAUCUGAUUUUGUGCACAGGCAAUAUUGAUUGAAUGUGUUUAAAUCAGUGGGCCAUGCUAUGGUUGCUCACAGAGCUAAUGGAGACAAGGCAUUUGAUACCAAAUUCCUCUUUUUUGUCCCAUUGGCCUUUUGAGAUUGUAUUCCCGAGUAAUGGUCUACUCAGAGGUCUCAGUAAUCUCAGUAAUGUUUUCAUUGUUUAGAAGUAUUUAUAUUAUUUAGAUGCAACUCUGUGUUCUUUAUGUUUGGCUUUGUUUUGCUAAUGCUUGGUCCAAGUCAUUCCAUUUCCAUUUCCUUUGUCGUGACCACAUGUUAAUUUUUAGUGACCCAUCUGUGGGAGUAAGGAAAAUAAGGAAGGAUGCAGUUUUGCUGCAGGGUUAGUCAGAAGUUGGAAGAGCUGCCACGUGCAUGGAGGAUUAGUGAGAGCUGAUAGCCCCCGCCUCCUUUUGUUCCUCUGUGUAGACCAAUACUUAAUUUAUCACAUUUGAGAUUCACAUUUCUAACUUUUAUAGCUCUUUCUUUUCUAUUUAAUCAUUCUUCUCUUAACAUGUCUGCAUUUGUAAUGCUCUUUUUACUAGGUCCUCUUUAUGCUUUUCCUGAGGUCAAGUUUACUGGAUUAAGAAUGUUGUUAAAAAAAGAUCAAGCUCACAGACGAGGAAUGCUCCUACGCUUACAUGCUAAGCAAACAGGCACUGAGAAGACAUGCACAGUCUAUACAGUGAGCUCGUCUCCUCACCUCUGGAGGGGUGUAUUCCACUGCGACUGCAUCACCGUUUCUUGGGUAUAUGUUAAGAAGUGUUAAGAGUCCUCAGACUCUUAACAAUGGGACUGACAGAUUAAAGGGUCUUGGAGAACUAGUGAAUUUUAAAGGGGAAUAGGUUUCCUAAUAUGAAGGCAUUGUUACAUGGUAAUAAUGUUUUGCCCAUGUGUGCAAAUGGUACAGUACAUGCAACACAUCUAUAAAUCCUGUCCAAUUUUUUUCUUAUUAUCUCACAAACUAACUGCAAAUGUUUCCCAGGUAAGCGUCAUGCUUUACAAUUAUCCUAAUAAUAAAUGGUAUAUCUAUUUUUUUCAAAUACAAGAAAAAGUAACAUUAAGGAUGAUCCAAGCAGAAAAUGUAUACUUCUUCCACUGGUGGACAUCAGUGUAAUUCUUUGCAAAGACAAAGAAAUUGUCUUCCCCACAAGAUAGAGAUAUAUUUGCUUAUAGUAAGUGAGUUUAAUGACAUUUGCCAAAGAAAAGGGAAAGUUAUAUUCAAAUGGAAAUCUUGUUUUAAAAUAAAAAAUAAGAAGAAAGCUGGCAAACCAGUUCCACCUCAUUUCCUUGGUGUGUCAAUCUUCAGGUAAAAAUAUCAGCACAAUUCAUCCUGUGUGUCCAGUGGGAUUUCCUUGGUGUUUGAGCUCAGAGUUGGAAUGAAGUGCAACAAAAAGGCACCACUCAAUGCCUCUUUUAAUAUUCAAUAUUUGCACCUUAUGUCCCAAACCAAAAUGAUCAUGGUCUUUAAAAAAUAUAUCAUUUUUACUCACUCAAUGAAAAUUAUGCAUUUUAACUCUUAUAUAUGCGAGAAUCCAGUCAAUAACAAAUCCACACAUCAAACAGCCAUAAUAUACUGUCAUCUCCCAUCCCUCACUUUUUCUAUCUAGAAAAGGCUUCUAUAAAGUGAAAUUCCUAUAUUAGUUACCUAAAUGACUAUUAUACCCUUUGUGCUAGUACUGUCUUCUUGAAUGUAAUCAUUUUGUACCUGUAUUUUUCUAAUUCAGUCUUGAUUGUACUGUAUGUAUGCUAUGACGGUAUACUCUUCCUUAGGUGCAUAGUUCCUUACGAUCGACAGUUCUCAUGACAGGAUAGCUGCUGUGCUGCGAACUCAAUGGAAACGUGUGGAGGUUUAAGUCCAAAGGACUUCCUGUACUGUGUGAGCAUCCAUGACACUGAUGACCAUCCAUGAAAGAUUCUUGCAUUUAGAGUGGUGGGACAAACAUUUGCCCUGGUUUGCUACUUCUGUUUUUCCCCUUCGCAGUAGAAGUGAAAGUCGGAUCACGACAGUUUAUAAAACGAAGACGCUCCUGCACUCAGAACAAUUGAAUGCUUGAGUUUCAACUUAUUUAUUACUGUUCCUUUUUAUAGAUUUAGGUGAAUAAAAAUAUUAUAAAAUAUACAACUGAAUAUGCAUCCAUUUAUACAUGAACGUGUAUAAAACAACCUACCCUUUACUAGAAUGUAGAUCAUGGCUUCCUUUUUGUUUCUUUUUUUGUGACGAGGUUAUGCCUGAUCUUUAAAGUCUCUUUCCUCUGAUAGUUUGUACAACCUGUGCUUAAUCUAAUUUAUGCUACUGAUGACCAUCAUGACAGCUGUGUUGUUUUGAUUGUUACCGCCCAGUGGUUAAAUGCAGCCUUGCCUUACUGGAACCCCUGCUUAGUGAGGGAUCCCUCAGCCACUUUACCGCCCCCCACAACUCCUAUGUCAUAACACUGUUUGCUGAUGCAACUAUUAUUCCUUUUACACUUUCUGCUGACGCAACUACUUCUUCUUGGACACCUAUUAAAAUAACAUAUAUUGCAUCUGUGUGAAAAGCUGUGUUGUUCAUGCUGCUUUGUUGAGUGUUUGUUCUUCUCCCCUGUGGCCUCACUGGACGUAGGCUGUGGUGGAGUUUGAGCCCUUGAAUUCACACCAACUACAACGUUGGUUUAAAAAGAACUUUGAGUAAAUAUAAUUAUAUUGAUAUUGCAGAAUGUCAAAAGUUGCAUUAUAUUUCUUUACAUAUAUCAUAUUUGCUUAAAAUCUUGCAGAACCUAAACUUACAUCUUACACUCCAACAUCACACUAUCCCAUAGAUGGGAUGACCAAACCACAGCCCGCUGGCUCUUUUUAAAUGGCCCUUGGGAAAUUAAAAAAAACGAUCUUGACUAUGGCUCUAACGAAUUGCAUUGUGUAUACAUUAUACAUGCUAGUUUCAAUACAGAUGUCAGCUACAUCUGGACAUCAAGUCCAGUGAAUGAUCUUGAACCUCUUUGAACAGAAACCAAUAUUUACUUUGUGCGUGUUCGGUUUAUUACUUGAUUGUAUUAGACAAAUUUGUAUCUUACAUUGACAUUGUAAUCUUUUAAAGCUAGGGGUGGUAAUCUUAAGAAUUAAGAUGUUGAAUAAAAAAAUAUAUCUAUAUCCAA